UGAAGAGGGAGUGGCGGUGUGGGAUGGGAAGGGGGUGAGUGAAGAAGUGAGACUGUGAGAGACAGAGAGAGUGUGGGCUAUUGUGAGAUUGAGAUUUGAGAAGAAGCACGUGGUCACAGAGUCAGAAUGUGAGAUUGAGAAGCAUGUAGUCAUUGUGGUGAAAGAGUGACAGAGUGAGGUUUUGGAUUCCAAUUUUGAAUCUGAUGAUGGAUUCCACCCUCUGAUGCUUUGCGUUUUUUUAAGCUAUGAUCCUCAUGAAAGAUUUUUCAUACACUUGGAUGCAACAUUCAUAGCCCAGUGGCAUUUUUUAGCAAGGAAUUGCCAGCUAGUUGCGACGUGUUAUAAGAUUCAAUUUUAUCCGAUCCAAAUCUCCUAACUGAUCCAAACAUAUCCAAUGUUGCCCAGGCUCCACAAAAUUUCUGGAUCCGCCACUGCUACAAGGGAAAUAACACAAUAUUGAAAGGGAGGAAGGAAAAUGGUGUUUGGGCAAGUAGUAAUUGGUCCUCCUGGCUCUGGCAAAACAACUUAUUGCAAUGGCAUGUCUCAGUUCCUUAAUCUUAUUGGAAGGAAGGUUGCUAUUAUCAAUUUGGAUCCCGCUAAUGAUUCAUUACCCUAUGAAUGUGCUGCAAACAUUGAAGAUCUCGUGAAACUGAGUGAUGUAAUGGUCGAACAUUCUCUUGGUCCUAAUGGGGGUCUUGUGUAUUGUAUGGAUUAUUUAGAGAAAAAUAUUGAUUGGUUGGAAGCAAAACUGAAACCUCUUAUAAAAGAUCACUACCUACUUUUUGAUUUUCCUGGCCAAGUGGAACUCUUUUUUCUUCAUUCAAAUGCCAAGAAUGUCAUCAUGAAGCUCAUAAAGAAAUUGAACCUAACGUUAACUGCAGUGCAUUUGGUUGAUGCUCAUCUUUGCAGUGACCCUGGGAAGUACAUCAGUGCAUUGCUUCUAUCCUUAUCCACAAUGCUACAUUUAGAACUUCCCCAUGUAAAUGUCUUGUCAAAAAUUGAUUUAAUUGAGAGCUAUGGAAAACUAGCCUUUAACCUUGAUUUCUAUACAGACGUGCAAGACUUGUCAUAUUUGCAAAACCAUCUCGAUCAGGAUCCUCGCUCUGCCAAGUACAGAAAGCUAACCAAGGAAUUGUGUGAAGUUAUUGAAAACUUCGGCCAAGUGACUUUUACAACCUUAGAUAUUCAGGAUAGGGAGAGUGUAGGGAAUUUAGUGAAGCAGAUAGAUCAAAGCAAUGGGUACAUAUUUGCUGGCAUGGAAGCAAGUGCUGUUGAAUUUAGCAAGAUUGCAAUUCGUCCUGUUGAUUGGGAUUAUUAUAGAGUUGCAGCAGUGCAAGAGAAGUACAUGAAGGAUGAUGAAAAUAUCGAUUCUGAUGAUUGAUGGAGAAACAAGAAUAAUUGAAAGAGAAUGACACCUUGAUAUUGCACUGGUUCUGUGAUACAGUUUGUAUUUUUCAUCCUCAUGGUCACAAAGAUUAUGAAAGCAUAGUGGAAGCAGCUGAGGUACCGGUUGAUUUAACGAUAUCACCUAGUUUGAGCCUUGUCCAACAGCUGAAAGGGCAUUUACCAGACUUGGAUAACUUUGUGCAAUAUGCUUAAAUUCAGAAUCUUGCAUGCUUACAGUUCUGAACAAGAUUUUGGUUUGUUCUUUGAAGUUAAAUCAUUUUAAUAUUUGCGUCCAGCAUAGUUGUUUUCUCUUUGUUGGAGGUGUGGGUAAAGGUGUUUUGUACUAAGCAACGUGACAUGGUUGAGUGACAUGGUUUUCUUUAGGGGGUUCGGUAGAUAUCGUCUACACAAUCAUAAUAAGAGGGUUUAUAAUUCAA